UCACUUCAUAUGAAAACACCAGAGUUCCUAAAACUGAUUUCUGAAUUCUGUUGGGUGAAUCUCUUUGCAGGAGUGUGCUGCUGCUGUGCUGCUUUGAGACCUCGCUACAAGCGUCUGGUAGACAACAUAUUUCCUGAAGAUCCAAAAGAUGGUCUUGUUAAAGCUGACAUGGAGAAACUGACUUUCUAUGCGGUGUCUGCACCAGAAAAGCUGGAUCGAAUUGGUGCUUACCUAGCAGAGAGACUGAGCAGAGAUGUUGUCAGACAUCGCUAUGGGUAUGUUUUAAUUGCCAUGGAGGCAUUAGACCAGCUCCUAAUGGCUUGCCAUUCUCAAAGCAUAAAGCCCUUUGUGGAAAGUUUUCUUCAUAUGGUGGCCAAGCUUCUGGAAUCAGGCGAACCAAAGCUGCAAGUUCUUGGAACUAAUUCUUUUGUCAAAUUUGCCAACAUUGAGGAAGACACACCUUCAUAUCACAGGCGCUACGACUUCUUUGUGUCUCGAUUCAGUGCCAUGUGUCAUUCAUGUGACCAUGAUCCAGAAACACAAACUGAGAUCCGGAUUGCUGGAAUCAGGGGCAUUCAGGGAGUGGUUCGAAAAACAGUUAAUGAUGAACUUCGAGCAACUAUAUGGGAACCUCAGCACAUGGACAAGAUUGUACCUUCACUGCUGUUUAACAUGCAGAAAAUAGAUGAUAUCGACAGCAGAGUAGGCCCUCCAUCCUCACCUACAGGAGGAGAGAAAGAGGAAAAUCCUGCUCUGCUGGCUGAGAACUGCUUCAGGGAGCUACUAGGACGAGCAACCUAUGGAAAUAUGAAUAAUGCUGUCAGACCAGUUUUUGCGCAUUUAGACCAUCAUAGACUAUGGGAUCCCAACGAAUUUGCUGUUUCCUGCUUCAAAAUCAUCAUGUAUUCUAUACAGGCACAAUAUUCCCAUCAUGUAAUACAAGAAAUUCUGGGACACCUUGAUGUUCGCAAAAGAGACUCGCCACGAGUUCGUGCUGGCAUUAUUCAGGUUCUUUUGGAAGCAGUUGCAAUAGCAGCCAAAGGAUCAAUAGGCCCAACAGUUCUGGAGGUUUUUAACACCUUGUUGAAGCACUUGCGAAUCAGCGUUGACUUUGAGCUGGGUGAUAGGCGCAGUUCAGCGGGAAGUGCCACUUUCAGCACAAGCUCCAAGGAGAGUGAUGAAAGGAUUGUCCAAAAUGCUAUUAUCCAAACAAUUGGAUUUUUUGGAAGCAAUCUCCCAGAUUACCAGAGAUCAGAGAUUAUGAUGUUCAUUAUGGGAAAAGUACCUGUUUUCGGGGCCACUUCACAAUCACUGGAUACCAGUCACUUGGGGGAUUUGGGAACCAGGCGGAUUCAAAUUAUGUUGCUGAGAUCUUUACUUAUGGUGACUUCAGGAUACAAAGCAACAACGAUAACUAAUGCACUUCCUCCCCCAUUCCUGGACCCGUUACUGUCUCCUUCACUUAUGGAAGACUCUGAGCUAAGGCAGUUGGUCUUGGAAAUACUGCAUAACCUCAUUGAUCGGCAUGACAACAGAGCAAAGCUCAGAGGGAUACGAAUAAUACCAGAUGUUUCUGAUCUAAAGAUAAAACGAGACAAAAUUUCAAGGCAAGACGUGAGCUUCAUGAAAAAGCAUGGUCAGCAGUUGUACAGACACAUCUACUUGGGCUGUAAAGAAGAAGACAAUGUACAAAAAAACUUUGAACUUCUGUUUACAUCUCUAGCUCUUACCACAAUUGAACUAGCCAAUGAAGAAGUGGUUAUAGACCUCAUUCGAUUAGCUAUUGCUUUGCAGGACAUUGCCAUCAUCAAUGAGGACAAUCUGCCAAUGUUUAAUCGUUGUGGUGUCAUGGCAUUGGUUGCAGCAUAUCUAAACUUUCUGAGUCAGAUGAUUGCAGUUCCUGCCUUUUGUCAGCAUGUCAGCAAGGUCAUUGAAACUAGAAGUCUGGAAGCAUCUUACUUUCUACCAGAAACAAUUUUCAAAGACAAAUGCAAUCUUCCAAAAUCCUUAGAGAAGCAUGAAAAAGAUCUAUUUUUCCUGACAAACAAGAUUGCAGAAUCAUUAGGAGGCAGUGGAUACAGUGUGGAAAGACUGUCAGUCCCAUAUGUACCCCAGGUGACAGGUAAGUAGCAAUUAGUGGCAAAACUAAGUACCU